AUUCGUUUCGGUAAUAUGUGUGGAAAUUCAAUUACGUUGCUAAUGUAAAUUGUUGAGAAUCAUGUUGGAAUUCUCGUGGGAUAAAAUAGCGAAGUUAAAUGAAGCUGACAUAGAUAUAGACAAUGCAAACUAUUACUGCCAAUUGUUUUUAGAUGCUAAUGUUGAGGACUGGGAUGAUAGUGAUCGACUUAAGCAUGUUUUUCAAAUUACUCAGACGUUGCUUAACCUAAAAUGGGAACAAUGGAAGUUAUCAGAGACAAGCUUGUCGGACAAAACCUCAGAAAUAAAUAAUCUGAAAGAUCAAAUAAGGGAACUAGAACAAGAAAACAAAGAUUUGCAAAAAGCAAUUUCUGCUUCUGGUCUUGAUAGAGGAAGCAUUGGUGAGACGAGGAGACUUGAGUUUAAAGUCGUCAAACUGCAAUCUGAACUAGAAUCCCUAAAGAUAGCCAAAGAUGCCUCUUUUAAAGAAAAAGAAGAACUUUUGAAUGAAAAAGGUGAUCUGGAAAGAAAAGUGGAACUGGUUUCAAAAGAAAAUAAGGAACUUCAGGAGCGUUGUGAGUACUUGCACCUGCAACUUCAGGAUCGACCCAGCUUUUUCGGUAGAAGUAAUGAUGAGGCUAAUUACAGAAAAGAAAUUUCCUCCUUACGUGCAAAAAUAAGGGUACAGAAAGCUGAAAUAGAUGGAUUAGAAGAUGAAAAACAGAAUUUAUGGAGUGACAUCAAUCGUUUGGAGAGCAACCUUCGGCAAGCCAGCAUGGAAAUCGAUCGAGCCACCGAUGACUAUGUGAAAAUGAAAGAAGCCUUAACAGAAGCUGAUAAAAGUCACGCAGAAAAGUCGGCUGAAUGCAGUAUGUUGCGCGCUCAGUUAGCCAAUCUUUCCGAAAAGAUUGGUCAUCCUGAAGAAACAAAUAACCUUAUCAUGAGUGCUGUUGAACAGAAGAUUGAGGAAUGGAAAGAGAUACUGGCAGACAAAGACAUGGAAAUAGUUAAGCUUAAUGAACGAAUAAUAGAGUUUUCUCAGGAAUUGAGAGAUCUUAAAGCUGACUCCGAUAAAACCAGUGUACAAGCCCUAAUGAAGUCCAUAAAAGAUCGUGAUGUUCAGAUACACUCCCUAAAAAAACAACUUACGGAUGCUACAAAUGAAGUUGAGAAAAGCACAACUCUUUUAAACGAACUCGCGAAGCAAGCAAAUGAGAAUGAAUUUGAUCCUAGUAGUCGCAAAGCUGAACGUAUUAUUGUCCUUAAAAAACAACUUCAAGAAAAAGAAAACCUUAACACCGAACUGGAGAAAAGGUUGGAGCUUGCUGAAGAAGCUGCUCAGUCUCAAGCCAACGAGGUAACUAUUUUAGAAAAGCAACUAAAACGUUAUGAAGAAGGAGAGUAUGGUUUAUCAGAAGCUAUUGCUGAAUUAAAAGCUACUAGAUUACAAUUAAACUCAAAAGAAAGACAAUUGGAAGAGGUUUGUCGUCUAGCAAGUCAAGCUGAGUCAUCUCUUAAUGAAAUAAAUUUAGAAAAUGAACAUUUAAGAAGUAAGCUUGGAAUACCAUUGAUUGAAAAAAUUGAUCUGAAUGGCUACCGUCGUCAAAAACGAGCAGAAGUUGAAGAAGAUCGUGCAGUAAAUAUAAUACUACAAAAAGAAAUCGAAAAACUAGAAGACGAAAGGUUGGAGCUGAAACGUAAACUACGUACACUUGCACGUCAGUUAGGCCAACAAUAUGGUUCAUCAGAUUUGCACGUGGAUGGAGUACUCUUAGGUAAUUUAAACCAAGUUAGUGAGGAAGUUGUGUCAACUCAGUCAGUUCGAGUGGUUUCUGCCUCUCGAUCUAGUCAGAAAACCAAAAGUUCCCCAACACAAGACGAACUAGCUGACCUUCCAGAAGUAUGGAAAGCAAGAUUCAAAAUACUUGAUGAGGAAUUAGUUCAAGCACUGAAGCAAAUAGAAGAAGAACAUAAAAAGCAUGAUAAACUAGAGACACGUUUGAAGCAAAUUACUGAAGCAAAUGUUCUGCUAGAAAGUGGUCUGAAGGAAGUUCAAAACCAGAUACACUCUUUUCAUAUUGAGUCAAAGAAUCAACGUGAUCUAAGUGAAGAAAAGAAACAAUCAAAAUCUGACAAUAUAACCAAAACAGAAAAAAGAGAAGUGGCCAAUAACAAGUUAAAAAUAAAGAAUGAAAUCAUUCAACUAGACUGUCCAUCUUUAGACAAAUUACUAGCUGCAUUAGACGCAAGAAACAUGGUUGAAGAUAUUGACUCUGGACAAUUUCUAAAGUCCAGAGUAGAUCAACUUGAAGGGGCAAAUCAGGAGCUCCGAUCAAAUCUUCGUGAUAUACGCAUGAGUAGUGCUUUAUAUGAGGUGAAACUGAACGAGGCACAUAAUCGAAUUAAACAGUUGGAGUCGCAGCUUGAAUCAGUUGAUCUCUUAAAUAAUAAUACACCAAGCCAAACAUUUAUUGAGGGUCAGUCACCUCUUCCAAAAGAUAUUAACCCUGAUACAGCUAAAGUUAUUUUAUCACUAGAAGAACACUUACUGACAAUGAUGAAAGAUAUUAGUGAUAAAAAUACACAACUUGCCUAUAUUGACAAUCAAAUGGAAGCUGCAAGGAGAAAAUAUUCUGUUUGUAAACACCAUCAAGGUUUAUUGUAUCGGGACUUUUAUAAUGAACGCCAAACUUGGAAGAAAGAAAAAGAAAAACUUGAACAACGUUUGGAAUGUUCAGAAAUGAGAGUUAACGAACUGGAAGUCCAUAAGAGUGAACUACAUCAUUUGCAAGAUAUUUUAUCGAGUUUAGGUGAUUCAUCAGGUGAUAAAGAACAGAGUGAAAGUUCUCCCAUAAAGCAAAAGAUUGCUGACCAGUCACGACAGAUAUUAUUACUUCGUGUGAAUGAAGUUGGCUUACGGCGGCGAUAUUUGGCAACACGAGAACGUGAAGUUGCUUUAUCGAAGGAGAAUACUAAUUUAAAAAGUGAUAUAUUCCAACUGGAAUCAGCUGUGAGUGCUCGUUUAAAUUAUUAUGCGAGGUGUAAAGAAACUGCAGCAUUCCAAAUACAAAAAUUACAAAAAACAUUAGAUCGAUGUGUUCCAGAAGAUGAACUGAAUAAUUUAAGAAAUGAAUAUGAAACAUUAGCUAUUAAAUAUAAAGAAUUAUUAGAAAAUGGUUCCAAUAGUGUGAAUUAUCAAUUAGCCUUAAAAUCUACUCAAGCAAAUUUGGAUACCUUGAAAAAACAACAUGAUGAAUUAAAGGAACAACUGACCAUAGAAAAAGAAAGGAGAUAUUUGCUGGAAAAUUCCAUUAAUCAGUUGCAGUCAAAUGUGACAGUGAAAUCUGAUCAAGUUGAGAAUGAUGUAACCGAUACAAAUAUUGCUAAACGUUUAGCUUUAAUAGAAAUGAAAGAGCUAAAUGAACGUGAACGUGCAAAUCAUACACAGAUUAUUUUGAAUACAGUACAAGAUGCCAAUCAUCAAUUAGAGUUAAGAAAUAGAGAACUUGAAAACAAAUUUACCGAAAUUACUAAGUCAUUAAUUGAAUUGCAACAAACUGAAAAAAUAUUACGACAAGAACUUACAAAAGCUGUUCCAAUAUCAGAGCAUCAAGAAAUUGAAACAAAAAACACAGAAUUAGAACAGACUAAUUUGAAACUUCGUCAUGAAGUUGAACAACUUAAGGAAGUAGCUUUAAUUUCAAUGAAUCAGCAUCAAAAUUUGGAAGAUCAACUAAACGAUCAGUCGACUGAAAUACAAAAUUUACGUGAACAAAUGACUGAACUGGAAUCUAAAGAUGAUUCAAAAGCUAAUCUGGCUCAACUCCAUCGUCUUGUGACACGUAUCCAGAUCUCUGAGUCGACUGCCCUACGUCGUUUAGCAUCAACUCAAGUGAAAGUAAAUCGUUUGGAAAAUGAUUUGCUCAAAGCUGAGAAAAGACUAAUUCAAAAAGAAAAGGAAUUGACAAACGUGUACGACAAAUCACAUCGACGUGAAAAACGAUUACGUGAAACAAUUACGUCACUUCGUCAAAGAUACGCAGGUUCCAUUCCACUCAUACAACAAGAAAAAUUAUCCCUUCGUUUAACCGAAACACUUCGUAAAUGUAUAUCUAUCCAGUUGGCUCUUGAUGAAGCUUUGAAUGAUAAAAUCAAAAAAGAAUCUAUAAUUGAAGGUUACGAAGAAAAAAAAAAGUUGACAUCUGAUAUUCAGGAUAUCUUAAAACAGUAUAAUGAAGAACAUAAAAAUCAUGACAUUAAUAAAAACUUGGAAAAAAAAUUAUUAGAUUGGCAAGAACGAUUAAGUGAAUUACGAGUCUCAGAAUCAACACAACGUCGUCAGGUUGAACGGUUAAAGGAAAAAGUACGCCAUUUAGAAUCAAUUGUACAAAAUCAAGAAAAACAGUUAAAUGAACUGGAAUCAGAAAAUUCACGUUUAGUUAAAGAAUUAGAUCAACGUGAAAUCCAGUGGGAACAACGUGAAGCUGAAUUAGAAUGUGCCAUAGAAAAAAACACUAUAUCUAAUUAUAUUAACACAGAAAAUAUGGAUGAAUUUAAAUCCAUACCUAAUUUACUUGCAGAUGAAGAUAUUGAGACUGUUUGUAACCAAGUCGACCACAAAGAUAACUUCAACGAACUUUCCAAAUCUAUACCAUUAAAUAGUGAACAACCAUUGUCUACGUGUGUGGAAGAAUCAGUUCAAGACUAUAAUCAUCAAACAAUGAAUAAACUGAAAAAUGAAAAUACCACACUUAGAAAACGGCUCACUCAACUGUUACAACUUUUGCAUCUGCAAGAUAUCAAAUUACAAAAUGCUAUCAAUCAUUGUUCUACUACACAAAAUCCAGAUAUUCAAUCUACAUUAGCUGGUUUACGAGCUAAUAUGGAAUUAUUGCAACGUAGAUUAAAUGGAAAGGAUGAAAGUCUUGCAAGAGUUAAUGAGCUACUUAAACAAGCGUAUGAAGCUAACGAAAAAUCGAAUGAUAGACAUAAUCAAGAAAUUGCUAUUUUACAAAAUAAACUACAAAACAAAAUGGAGGAACAGUUAUUACAAUUAGCUCAGAAUGUUGAGUCUGUUGGCAGGAAUGAAAUAUCGAAUGUACACUUAAUGGAAUUAAAGAAACGUUUAUAUGAAUUAGAAGAAUCGUUAAAUGAACAAAAUCAAGCUGUAUUUCGUCAGGCUGAACAAACAAAAGUCAUACGACAAGAAUGUGAUUUAUGGCAAUUGAAAUAUAAUCAACUUCAAACAAAAACUGAAACUAUGAAGGCGAAUAUGGAGAAUUUGCAUAGAGAAGAAACAAUGAAACUAACAUCACAAAUCGAACAGUUACAAAAAGAAUUAGAUAAAAGCAAUGUAAAAUUAAGUGAAUACAAUAAUGAAGUUAAACGCUGGAAAGCUGAAGCAAAUAAAUCACCAUCAGUGAUGCAACGCCAACUAGCUGAACGGUUACGUACAGAUCUACUAGAAAAAGAUAAACAAAUUCGAGCUUUGUCCAAGGCACUAGGAGAACUACGUCAUGAUCUUGUGACACAAGCGGAGCAAGCUGUUCUAGCUACCAAUUCAAUGCAGCCCAUUCAAUGUGCACCACCAUUACAGGAAGUGAAUGAAAGCAAAACAGUUGAUGAAACCGUCGUUUCACCAGUUAGCGCAAAUCCUAUAGAGUCUGCCAUCCUGCCUCAAUCUGCGAAAACGAAUCAUGAAAUGAAAAUCUCAAAAGACAAGGAGAAAAUCCUUAAACUCGAAGACUUAAACAAAAAAUUGGAAUUAGAGUGCAAAAAUUUGAACAAUCAAUUGGAACGUAUCAAGUGUACUAGAGUAGGUUAGAUAAUACAGUCAGAAUCUUUUAAAUAUCUUUCGUCAUAUUGAAAUAUAGCUGGUUAUAUUCAAAAUUUUCUGUGAAAAACUCAAGUUCAAGAUUAUUAUACUGACGAGUUGAUACUGCUACGAGUUGCGAUUCUGUAAUCCCCCAGUGAUCACUUCCAAACAUUUAAAUACAAACAAAAUAACCACGAUUCUCCAACACUUGGUCUAAUGAUCACAACGUAAUUUAAUUGAUGGAAUUUGAACAUUACUAGAACAAGAUAAUGACGAAGUUUACUAAUCAGUGACUUCUUCAUCCAAUAUACUUUCUAGACAGUAUCAAAUCACAUCAGAGUGUGAAUCAGGUUUAGAAGUGAAAAAAACUCCGCCUCAUCGAUCAACUGCUAGAAAUGCUAAUAGUUGACUUAUUAUUAGAUUUGUUACAAUUGUGAUACCUAUCUCGUUCAUUUACUAAAACAAUAUGGAAUAACGGUUGAGUGAAGAAACAUAUACAUGACUAUUUAUAUAAAAAUAUGAAGUCAAAUUAUAAGUCAAUGAUCAUAAUGAAACAGAUAGGUAAAAAGUAUAAACUGAUAGUAUGAAGACAGGUGUACUAAUAGUAAUAAGAAUAAUAAUAACGUAACAAGAGUUCUAGUUACUAGUUCAACAUUGGAAGUAGGUUAAACCUGGAUAAACAGACUUAAAUAAACAAUAGUUACAAAAAAUUAUUAAGACUACAUAAUAGGAAAUGCAUAAAUAAUUAGAUACUGAAGAAUAUAAACGGAAAGAAGUGAAAAAUGACAAAUAAAUAUGGAAUAUGAAUAAAUUGAUAAGAUCGUUUAUUAAGUUAUAUCCGGCGAAGGAAAAGAGAGAGGUGUCAAGACUGUCGACUUAAAACAUAAACUAAGGUUAUAGGUCUGGAUCUCUAUAGCUCCUGUUACUUGAGUUAGAUGGAACCGAGUUCCAUGGGAGAUGCGAAGGUAGACGAUAGAUCGCCCGAAGUGAUUCGAUUUUAUCUACCGUGUCCACUGUCAACCAGAUGUGACAAGAUAGAACUACAUGUUGCAUUUAUCUGACGCUUUUCGAACAAAGCUGGGAGAUGUUCACGCAUUCGUUGUUUAAGUUGUCUAGUAGCACGCCCAAAAUAGCUAUUUAUGCAGGAGCAGCUGAAUUUGUAGAUAGAAGUCAAGGAGGAAGGCUCAGGUAACUUAUCCUUUGAGUAGAUAUCACUGGUCUACGAGGAGUUGUCAACGCAAGCUUAGUUGCUUAGAAUGUCAUUUUAAUUGCCCUUGCUAAUUAACCAUGCAGGAAAUCGCUGGCCGUACUCCCAUUGAAUUGUAGUUUAAGGAAUAGGAGCAUAUUGCGAGUGGUCAGUACCUCAAACUUAUCUUUAGAGUUCAUACACAUACUUCUUCAGAAAACCCAGGUAACCGAUCUCCCUUAGUGUGUUAUUAUGGUAUCAUCUGAGCAGAUUUUUCCUGCUCUGGUUGUGAGAUAUCUAACCAGAUUUCUUUUGUGACGGAUGGGUGUAAAACUAGAAAUGUGUGAGAAAUGUUGAAUAUUUUAAUACUGAAUUAGCACAAUAACUGAAAAAACCUUUGAAAAAUCUAUGUAUUUUUGAUAAUUCUAUGUAGACAUCUAGUGAUAUAAUUGACUUCCUUGAAAAUUGUUUUGAAAACAGUCAACAGGCUAAAAUAAACACGUAAAGUCAUUGCAAUGCUACAGAAGGUAAUAAAUCUCAUUAUCUGUCAUUUAGACAGACUAGCAUGUUCGUUUGAACAAAAUUUAAAAUAUCUCACAUUUUCUUCGCCAUGUAUUCCUAUAAAAAUGUUAAGCCUGAUAAUCAAAUAACAUAAUUUGGUAAAUUUUAUAUCACCAAUAUACGUAUUACGCACUCUUAAGACUGUGAAUUUUUUUCACAUUCUGAAUAUGAACAAGAAGUUUGUUAAGAAAAACUUUUGGUUGGUUUAUACAAAUAGUAUGGUCUAAAAUAUUGUGCUGUAAUCAUUAUGAAACAUAUUCCUUCUAUAAAUCCUAAUCAUGUGCUAUAUUUUUUGUCAAUCACCCUGUUUUCGUUAAUUUCAUUUUGGUGAAUGGUAGACAUACAAGUUAUAACUAUCGAUUGCAAUAGUUUUCUACAUUCAAUUAUGACUUGUAAAACGAUGUAGUUAUUGGUUUUGUUUCACUGUUUACCACUUUUAUAUAAGUUCAGCCAUCCAAAAAAUGCGAGGAAACUAUUAAGCAUACCGAGAUAGUGACGAUUACAAUGCAGAACGAAGGCUCUUUGAGUUGAUCCUCAAAAGAAGAUCAAUUCAUAUGUAUAUAAACAAAGAAUGGGGCGAUGAUAAGUAUGGAAUCAAACGUGUGAAUCAAUGAUCAUUUGAUGGUCUCGUUGUAAAUUUUCUUUUUCUUCCGCGUUUCGUUGAUUUGCGUACAUCGGUAACUGUUCUUUGAGGAGUUAAAAUCAGGCUGCAGUUAGGUCGGAGCAAAAACAAUCGUACAUGUAGUUAUCGUAAUCCGAUGUCAGUCAGUGCUCUUAUCAUACUGUUUUAUUUCUGGAACUGCAUGCAAUACAUCAGAUAAUAUCGCUUGUAAUUUAAUCUUUUUUUUAAUCUCAUCAAAUGAACAAGUCCUGCUCUUUUAUGAAAUAUGGAAUAUGUUUUGUGUAAUAUGACUAAGGGAUAAUUUUCUUCAGGAACUGAUAUUAGCUUGAGGACUUUUGAAAACUAGGGGGAGAUGAAUAGUGUUAACGAAUGUAACAGAUAUCCAUCAGUUUUCAGCUUCCGAUGCAGUCCUGUUCGGUUAAGACACUGGCAAAAUGCAACGUUUUAUAAACACUUUCAGUAAUAAUAAAAGCAUGUUUAAGAUACUCUUACCCCUCUUAAAGUGCAAAAUGUUGCUUUACGACUGAUCUGCGUCAAAUCCUUAACUAGUGAUGGAGUGUGAACUAGUUGAUCACACCAAAUAACCUGGAGAUCUCUUCAUCCCUUUUGGGUUGAUGUCUGACGGAAAUACGAUACAAGUUCAGAAGGCCCGUUUAACCUUUGCCAACUUGCUGCACUUGUGGCAUAGUUGAGAUAUCGGCCUAUAGGCUUUAAAGCGAGUACUUUACACAACAGUACACUCUGUAUUAUACUAUGGCUGUGAAAUAUAGUCUUUGAAAGUCAAAGACAUGUUUAGGCUCCAGGUACGUGACGAUAGAUAUUUUCGGAAAUUAAAUUGAAAAUAAACAUCACUGUAUUUCAUAACAAUAUAAAAAUGAGAUCUUCAAUAAUUCUACCAUGAUUUAAGACGUUGAACACGCCACAACAAAAAAUUGAUGAACUUAU